AUGGCCGACCACGGCGGAUCGCAACACGGCAUAGCCCGCACCUCGCGCGUGCGCACCGAAGAGCAGAGACAGCGCGACCUCGGGCGCAUCGCCAAAUACCGCGAACUCGAGGACCAGGCGCGCGCACUCGCGUCCCGAGGCGAGCACAGCACGCCGGAGCUGUUCCAAAUCACGACCAAACUCCUGCGCCUCAACCCGGAAUACUACACAAUAUGGAACGCCCGCAGGCGCUGCCUAAUCUCUGGUUCAUUCUCCAACUCAUCAGCUGGGUCCUCGCGCUCGAAGGGGUCGUCGACUACUUCUGCUACACCCAAUACAGCGCCUUCUUCCGCCAAAUGCUCGUCCCCAUCCUCGGCCACGACCCCGCCAGGCCCCGGCCCCCAGACAGCUGGGAAGAGUGGUACAACAGCUGACGAUGCUGGGGACGAAGCCUCGAAUCCUAUCGAGAACCAUGAAGCUACGCCAACACCGGCCGAGGCAAAAGCUCCCGCUGCCGAAGCUACCCAAACCACCGAAGCCACCGAAGCACAAGACCUCUCGGUCAUCAAAUCCGAGCUAGCAUUCACCAUCCCAUUGCUCCUCGAAUCUCCCAAAUGCUACUGGAUCUGGAGCUACCGUCUCUGGAUCCUCGAACAAGCCAUCGCCCGGCUCCCCGCCAGGCAAGCCCGCAAAGUAUGGGAAGAAGAACUAGGCCUUGUCUCGAUGAUGCUCGGUCGCGACCGGCGUAACUUCCACGCGUGGGGGUACCGCCGGCACGUCGUUGAUCAACUCGAGAGCACAGCCCUCCACGGGAGCAGCAUGGUCGAGACCGAGUUUGCGUACACCGACAGCAUGAUCAAGACAGACCUGUCGAAUUUCUCGGCGUGGCAUAGGCGCAGCCGGCUGAUCCCGCGACUGCUGGAGGAGAGGGGCGCCGAUGCACAGACGAGGAGAGAGUUUUUCAAUCAGGAACUUGAACUCAUCCACAACGCCCUCAACGUCGGCCCCGAAGACCAAUCCCUUUGGUACUACCACCAAUUCCUCGUCCUCAAUCUCGUCUCACCCAACCAACCCAACCCAACCACCCCAUCCCAAGCACUCAUCGUGCCUGAUCUCCCCCUCGCCGACCGUAUCGGGUACCUGACCUCAGAGAUCAACCUGAUCGAUGAGCUGCUAGAAGACUACGACGACGUCAAGUCGAUAUAUGAGGCGCUGUUUGAGUAUAGGCUGUACCAGACGCAACUAGAGGGGAGACAGCCGGAUGAGAGGGAAAAGGAGGAGUUGGCAAGGUGGUUGGGGAAGUUGAAGCAGUUGGAUCCGAUGCGGAGUGGGCGGUGGGCAGACUUGGAAAAGGAGGUGGGGUUGGGGGUGUAUAUGUGA